ACCAGAAAACCAUCACAGCUGAGUCUGGACAGAAUGUCACUCUGCCAUGUCGAGCUCUAAACAACAACAAGAUCCUAACUGUAGAGUGGCACCGACCUGACCUGCAGCCAAAAUAUGUUCUUUUAUUUCGGGAUGGAAACAUUGAUCCAGACAACCAGCAUCCAUCUUUUAAGAACCGGGUGGAUCUGCAGGACAGAAAGAUGAAGGAUGGAAACGUGUCUCUGAUUCUGAAGAAUGUGACGAUUAAUGAUGCUGGAACAUACGAGUGUCAAGUCUUCCUGGAAGAAACACACUCCUUGCAGUCCAUCACAAACAUCACCCUGAGUGUUGAUCCUCCAGGUCAGCGAGGAGGAUCUGUUGGACUGAAAGGCAGUGUGCUAGUUUUAGGUCUGCUUUUUGUUGUUGCUUUUGCUUUUGCAUUUUAGAGAAUAACAGCGACAGGAUCCGUACCAGCCUCCUGCUGAACCACAACAGCUUUGAAACCUCUCAGAACUUUUUCCAUCUGAACUCUGACCCAUGAAUUGAUGAUGAACAUCAAACACGUCCAGAGUUGCUUUGAUGUCAAAUUUCUCUGACUAUCAUCAAACCUGUUCAGACUGUGUCAGUCUCUGUGCUGUCUGUCAGAGACUCUGUGAACUACAAUGUUUGUUCAUCUUCAGUUUCCAUAGGAUUUGUUUACAAUAAGAAGGAACUUUGUAAAUCAAUUAAUGAAUUCACUGUAUGAUACAGAAUCAUUAUCCUAAUAGUAUAGUAGCUUGUAGGUUUUCCGUUCCUCUCAGCCUCCAAUUUGUUGUUCUUUAUACAACCUGAAUUCCAGAAAAGUUGUGACGUUUCAUAAAUUUGAACAACAUGAAAGCUAAGACUUUCACUUUAUAUGAGCCAAUAACUUAUUCACAACAGAACGUAAUUAACAUAAGAAAUAUUUAAACUGAGAAGUUUUACAACUAUGAAUGCUAAAAGUGCUAUAAAGGAUUUAGAGCAACAGAACGUAAUUAACAUUAGAAAUGUUCGCCUUGUAAUCGGAAGGUUGCCGGUUCGAGC